ACAGUUAAGUCAGCAAUGGACGUGGGUAGUUUCAGUCCAUUUGAAAAGAGCAUCUGGGUUUGUUCUGUAAUGGACGCUUUGUUGGCUGAGACUUUAGUUCUGGCCGGAAAGUCUGUUGCUUGCCUUCUCAUGCUGACAGGAACGGUGUUGAAUGAUAUGAAUGCAUCACUUAAUUUGACUGCAGUGGAUCAGAGGUUUCCGUUUGACGAACUUCUAAAAAGAGAACAGCCUGGUCCAGAAAACAAAGAUGGCAGUGAUACAGAGGAUGAUGACGAAGAUGAAGAGGACAAGGUAGAUGAUGACGAUUUCUUAGCCGAAGAAGGUGAGGAAGGGGAUCCUGAGGAUGACCCUGAAGCCAAUGGGAAUGGAGGAAGCAGUGACGAGGAUGAUGACAAUGAGGACGAUGACGAUGCUGAUGAUGAAGAAGAGGAGGAUGAAGAAGACGAGGAUGAUGAGGUUCCUCAGCCACCUUCUAAGAAGAGGAAAUGAAACUAAUCAUCGGCCUUCAGAUAUUCUACUAUUUCCUGCAUUUUUCCUCUGAUGAGGAAAUUUUAGUAGGGAGGGAGAAUUCGUUUCGUUUGUUUUCUUAGAGUAGAAGAUUCACUUUUCCGGACAAACCUUAUUUCCGGCAUUUUUCAUGUAGUCAUGUUACA